AUGACCAUCACCCUGAGAGAAUGUGCUGCUCAGAUUUUUUUCUACCUACUUUUUGCCACUGCGGAGUUUGCCUUCCUUGUGGUCAUGGCCUUUGAUCGCUAUAUUGCCAUCUGCCACCCUCUGCACUACGGACUCAUUGUCACGCGGAAGAUGUGUGCCCAAGCAGCAGGUGGCUCCUGGGCCUCUGGUCUGGUCUAUUCUGCUGUCCACACCUGUGCCAUAUUCAGACUUCCAUUUACGAAGACCAAUGUGAUCCAGCAAUUUUUCUGUGAUAUACCUCAAGUUUUGAGAAUAACAUCUUCAGAGGUUCAAUUUUCUGAAUUUAUAAUCAUUGCUGUUAGUUUGUGCCUUGUCUUAGGAUGUUUUUUCAUUAUGAUUAUAUCAUAUGUUAAUAUAUUUACAUCUGUGUUGAAGAUGCAUUCAGUGGAAGCCCGGAAUAAAGCCUUAUCCACAUGUUCCCCACAAUUGUUCAUCCUCCUUUUGUUUGCAAUUUCUGGCUCUGUAGCUGUCUUAGGUCCCAUUGAGGAGAAAGCAUCCCUUAAAAAUCUGCUGACAGACAUGUUCUAUACCAUAGUGCCCCCUUCAUGA